AUGUUCCGUAUAAAUUAUGGCAAGCGAUGUAUUUUAUGUAAACUUCCGUAUAAAUUAUACUGUAAAACUUUUGUCAAGCAAGUCACAGAAGUCACUAUAAAACUACUAGUCAUGCUUCCAAAGCGAAAACGCAAGGCUGAGCCUGUGUCCAUAAAUAAAGAUAAACCCGCGACGAAAAAGCGACGAAAGACAAGGAAGAAAUGCCCUUCAAAAGUAGAUAGUUUUACUGAAGCAGAUCGUGAUGUGGACUACAAACAAAUAUUGCUCUCAACGAUGAGAGAUGAAGGGUAUGUUGUUUCGCUUUGUUCUUUUCUUGUUCGAUUUGAACAUAAUAUUUUUAGCAGUUCCGAGUUCGUUUACAUACACAGCAUUUAAUACAGCAACAUAUUUUUUACUAGUUAUGACGGAACACAUUUCAUCAGUCAACUUGAAAUUGGCGUCGAAGAUCGACUCAAGAAGCGGGGUAAACCUCCCAGAAUGGUACGAUAUUUCUUCUAUUGUGGAUGGGCACACGCACUGAUCGUAAGUAUUAAAGAAGAUUUCAUAGUUGAAUCUUUAGUUACCAAGCGUGCAUGGUCUUCACGCAACAAAAUUUUUGCUUGAUUCUAGAAAAAUGGAGUUGGUCCUGAUAAUAGCGAAUAUGCUUUUCCAAGAGAAGUCCUACAAUUCCUGAGAUACAUCGCACCAGGUGAUAUCAAGGGAGAGAUAAGAGAAGUGAGUUUUUCUGACUUUUGUUUCCAGUUUGGGUUGGAAAAGUUGCCAAUAUUUAUGCAUGCAUGGGCCAUCAACCAUAUCUUUUACACAAAAUAUUAUAAAAUGCUUAUACCUAUCUCUUUCCCAAUUUUUAUAUUAACAUUUAUACAUGGAGACUUGGUCUGAAAAUAUGAAUGACAUGAAUAUGUUUACACUUUUCAAAAUUAAUGUUUUUUUACAAAAGAACAUAGUGUUUGCAAUUCAUAAUUAUUGAUAUUGUAUAUACAACUUUGACAGUAGAAUUGACUUCAUUAAUAGAUAUAUAAUAAAAAUAUCUUUAUACAUUGUACCCCUUCUUUAUAUUUUGAUUUGUAUUCUUUAUAUAGGAUGCAUACACUGUUCAGAUGGAUGACUUUUGUGAAACCUUGAAACUUCCAAAGUUGUGA